AUGCCAACAUUACAAGAUUUAGAGCAAAUAACUACUCCAGAGGAAAUAUUGAUUCCAAGCGAUAAUAACAUAAAACAAAACAUUCUGAAAACCGUAUUAUACGUCAUACAGCAUGGCUCUAGUUUUGAAGAAAAUAUUUACUCUAAGGAACCUGGAAAAUUCUCUUUUAUAAACCCUGGCGAUAUGUACUACGAGUAUUAUAGGUAUAUCACUGACCAUUCAUUAGCAAACACAGGAGAACAGAAGGACACACAUCUUUCUUUGAAUUCAAAUGAAGAAAGGCAGAAUCCUAACAUUAUAAAACCACAUGAUUCAUUAUUUAGUUCAUAUAAGAACACCUAUAUUUCUAAAAAAGAUUUGGAAAUUAUCAAGGCCACAGCUGUGAUGUGUGCUACCUACGAUGACACUACCAAACUCACCAAUAGAAAAACAACUUACUCCAAAAUAUACGAAAGAUAUAAAGAUAAUCCACAAUUUGAAUUUAUGGAAGCUGAACAUUCGUUGUACUCAACCUUUAAAUCUUUUGUGGAUCAAUAUACAUUGUUGUUCAAUAAAGGAAAAAGUAUUCAAACAAUUAAAGAUUUGAAAACUGCACCUUUUAAAGAAAAUUUUAUGGAAAAGUGUUUCGAAAGGGCAUAUUAUAAUGAGUAUAUACAGGAGAAAAGAAUAAGUGAUAAUAACUUCAAAGAAAAUAUCAAAUUGAGGUUUGCUGCAAUAGAUUGGGAUGUUUUUAAGGUAAUAGAUGUAAUUACUCUUGAAGAUACUGUAGAAGAGAAGGGAAGAGACCUCGAGACUUCUGGGAAAUUUAAACCUGCAUUAAAUUUUGACGAUUUAGCCAAAAAUGUGUUGUUGAGUUCACAGUCAAAUAUACUAUCCAAAUAUUUUGAAGAUACCGAAAAAGAUGGUCUAUUAAAGAUUGCAAUGGAAAACAAACAAAGAAGAAGAAGAAAGAAAAGAAAUAUCAUUAUUAAGGAAGCAGGAGCAACCAGAUUAACUUUACAAGCCUCUGAAUCAAUUAAUGGAGCAGUCGAAAAUGACAAUAGUGAUUUAUCUGAACAGGUAAUGUGUCCAAUAACCGGCAAAUCCAUACCUGCAGUUCAUUUUGAAGAGCAUUUAAGAACAUUAUUGCAUGAUCCAAAUCAUAGAGAGGAAAUAAAGAAAUAUGAGGAUAAAAACAAGUUAACUAAUUUAUCAGAAAAGGACGUAUAUGAAAACAUCAAGAAAUUGAUCCAAAAGGAAUCACUGAAAGAUGACACUACUACUACGACUGAAAUGGUGAAAAAGAAACGAAAAAUUUUAUGGGAUGGUCAUAAAAAUAGUGUAAAAUACCUCCAACCACGAAAGUAA